AAAACGUCAGCACGUAAAACUGACGCACGUCGUCCCACUGUAGUGAAGUGCUUCCGCCAAGAUGGUUGUCGGUGCCUUCCCGAUUGCCAAGCUCCUCUACCUGGGAGUGCGGCAGAUGAGCAAGCCUGUGGCGAACAGGAUAAAAGCUGGAGCCAAGAGAAGCCCGUUUUUUAGGACCUAUGUCUGCCUGCCGCCGGCGCAGCUUUAUCACUGGAUCGAGAUGAGAACGAAGAUGCAUAUCAUGGGCUUUCGGGGUUUGGCCAUUAAACCGCUGAAUGAAGAGGCGGCUGCAGAGCUGGGCGCGGAGUUGCUGGGCGAGGCGAUCAUCUUCCUCAUUGGUGGCGGAUGUAUGGUGCUCGAAUACAGCAGGCAGGCUGCAAACUCUCGCCGCAAGGAGGAGGAGCUGAACGAGACCAUCACAAGCUUACAGACUCAAAUAGGAGAAUUAGCGCUUACAACAGAGACUUUAGACGCUCAGCUGAGGGAGAUGAACAGGCAACUGCUCUCCAUCCCUGUUCCCACCAAAUAGUGACUGAGUCACGUCUUUUCUGGACAGAGUGGCGUAUCGCUGGUGUGUGUGCACUGAUGCAGACUACAGUCUGUUAACUGCCCUACUUCACACACUGCCUGUGCCACAGAGUCUCAUGGAGGAUGACGCAUAUCAGUGCAUUGUGGAUCCGGGUCCUAUUAUUUGCUCAUAUUUUGAGCAACAAGUUUGUAAAGUGAGGUCACUAUGACAUUCAUAGUGCAUUUCUGUGGUGGAUCUUGCAUGUUUAUUACAAAGAUUGACUGUAACACAUCAAGGUUAACUUUGAAGAUAGUACAUUUUGUAACAUCCCCAUCUCUUUAUAAUUCAAGCAUUGCCAUAAAUCGUCACCAUGGAAAUGCACAUUAUUUUGGUUUGUUAAUUUUCAGAUGUGGUUGACGUUUGAUUCUGUAUUACCUUUAAA